CUUUCUCUCUCUCUCUCUCGCCCUGUUCUGCCCACCACUCACCCCGACAUGUCACCGAGACGUGGGGACCAGUGGUAAACAGAAUCCAGCAGACAGACGCCAGGACCCCAGGAGGGUAUCCGGCCUCCAGAUGACGGACGAUCCAAGUUGCGGGGUGCAGCGGCGGCGUUGACACGAGUCGCGUCCUCGUGUCCUCUGGCCGGACGGCGAACGCUCAUCUCAUGACAUGACCUGGAGGAUGAACGCUGAGAGGACGCCGGCUUCGACCCCGAAACCCACGCGGGCCCCUGUCCGUCGAGUAUGAUGCAUUUGCAUCCUCUCGUCGUCGUUGUCUCUUUUCCCCCACACCACCACUACCACCACCAGCCCCAAGUCCAUCCUUUUCGGCCCGGCCUAAUGAGCGUUGAUACCAGCGGGGGGGGUCACCGCUCCUAGGACCUUGCCCGCGCCCAAAGCAUUCCUUGGCCGUUGUUGAGUUGCGGCUCUGGAACUCGCCCACGCCCGCGCCUAUUAACUUGGCACCAGGUUGACAGAGAGAGCACCUCGGCGUCAAUGACAUACGUGCCGCAAUCGUAACGCUGCCGCACCAUGACGAUGACAUACUCCUGUUAUCCACACCGCGUCCCUCGUUCCCCAUGGGAAGAGUGGUGUGGGUAAUCCUGCGACAGAUUGAGCGGCGUGUCCGGGGACCGACCUAGGCCUCGGGACGAUGAGCGGGAGCGAUGCAUCGGGCGUCGAAGGGGGGGAUGGGGAUGGGGAUGGGGAUGAGGAUGGGCUGUUGCCGAUUCUCUUGGCCAUCUAUAUAGAGUCCGCCCAAUGCCACUUUCCAAUAGGGGUUCGUGCGUCCUUGGUCUAAUCAGCAUCUUUUGCAAGCUUCGGGGGAUCUACGGGACUUGAUUGAUCUGGCAUAGAGUUAGCUGCGGACAACCUGUUGCUCGCUUACGCAUUCUCACUCUCAGUCCGCUCUCACUCUCACUCUCACUCUCACUCUCACUCUCACUCUUCACCAACGCCCUUCUCACUCUCAUACAACACCAACAACGCUACACAUCUCAACUCCAUCUCCGGCCCUGCUCUCAUCAUGGGUUGGUUCGGGUUAAAGGGCGGAUGGCUCACCUUCUGGGUGACGGUCGCUUGCGCGACAGACAUGACGCUCUUCGGCUAUGACCAGGGCGUCUUCGGCGGCGUCAUCGUCACAAAUGACUUCCUCGAGACCAUGGGCAUCGUCGGCGACGACAAGCUCCAGUCAACCGUCACGGCCAUCUACGACAUCGGCUGCUUCCUCGGCGCCAUCUCCACCAUCUGGAUCGGCGAGCGCUGGGGCCGCAAGAACACCAUCCUCGUCGGCACCACCAUCAUGUCCGUCGGCGCCAUCCUGCAGACCGCUGCCUUCGGCCUGCCCCAGAUGUUCGUCGGCCGCGUCAUCGCCGGCAUCGGCAACGGCAUCAACACCUCCACCGCCCCCGUCUGGCAGGGCGAGACGAGCAAGGCCAGCUGGAGGGGCAAGCUGAUCGUCAUCGAGAUGAUUAUGAACAUCUUUGGCUUCUCGCUGAGUAACUGGGUGACUUUUGGGUUCUCAUUCCUCCCCGGCUCCGUCUCGUGGCGCGUGCCUUUGGCAUUCCAGUUCCUCUUCAUCAUCAUCCUCUACGGCACCGUCCCCUGGCUUCCAGAGUCACCUCGCUGGCUCAUCGCCAAGGGCCGCAUCCCCGAGGCCGAACAGAUCCUCGCCGACCUCGAGGACCGCCCCGUCGACGACGCCUACAUCCAGACGCAGUCCAAGGACAUCCAGUGGGCCGUCAACUACGAGCGCGAGAACACCGUACCGUGGUCCGACCUUCUCCGCGGACGCACCGGCGAGACCGCCGGCACCGGCACCGUCCGCCGCCUCAUCCUCGGCAUGGGAACCCAGGCCAUGCAGCAGUUCAGCGGCAUCAACGUCACGAGCUACUACCUGCCCCUCGUGCUGAUCAACUCGGUCGGCCUCACCAACAAUAUGGCCCGCCUGCUCGCGGCCUGCAACUCCGUCAGCUACCUGCUCUUCAGUCUGAUCGGGAUUCCCAACGUCGAGCGGUGGGGGCGGAGGAAGAUGAUGAUGUACGCCGCGUUCGGCCAGUUCGUCUGCUACGCCGUCAUCACUGUCUGCAUCCGCCACAACGAGAUGGACAGCCUCGCGCCGGCGAUCCGGUCCCAGUGGGCCAAGGCCUCCAUCGCCUUCUUCUUCCUCUACUACGUCUUCUUCGGCAUCGGCUGGCAGGGCGUCCCCUGGCUGUACCCGACCGAGAUCAACAGCUUGUCGAUGCGCACAAAGGGCGCCGCCCUCGGCACCGCGACCAACUGGAUCGUCAACUUCAUGGUCGUCGAGAUCACGCCGCCCGGCAUCACGUCGCUCGGCUGGCGCUUCUACAUCAUCUGGACCGUCUUCAACUUCUCCUUCGUGCCCAUCGUCUACCUCUUCUACCCGGAGACGGCCGACCGCUCGCUCGAGGACGUCGACCGCUUCUUCGCCGACAACCACGACGUCCUCGUCUUCCGCGACAAGGACGCCACCUCCUCCAAGCGCCCGCUCAAGUACGUCGCCCAGGAGGAGGAGGAGAUCCGGAAGCGCAACAGCGGCGUCGUGCCCGGCGAAGUCGAGGACAUGCUGCGCCGCAGGGGCGCCGCGGAGAAGAUCAAGAAGGGAGGGGAUGACGAGGAGAUGGCGUUUGGCGAGCACAAGGAGAGGACCUGAGGUGAGGUCGAGGUGUGAGGAGGCGGCGAGGGUGGCGGUGAUGUAGGAUAUGAUUAUAGAUUUACGAGUGAUGACAGUAUAACAACACGAUACCAGAUGAUUUCGACUUUUUUUUUUUUUUUUUUCCCCAUCUCGUUCUGAACUCGGGAUGACCGGGUUGUACAACACACACUC